UUACUAGACUCCGCUGUGUUCUGGGCGGCGGAUCGAAGGCUGGAUACAGGUCUUGGGCGCAUGGUUGAGACGUAGCUAGUCUCUCGUUUCCACAUUAACGUUUAACGCAUUACAACUUCGUUUUUUCUUCGGUCGAUUCCAAAUCACACAUCAGCAAACAUGGUUUCCAAGACUUUCAUGAUCGCGGCGAUGAUCGCCUACGUCGAGGCCCGUUUCGGUCAGGAGCAAGUCCCUAUCAAUGCUAUCAGCAGUGUUCAGGGUGGUGACGCUGGUGCUGCUUCUACUAUUGCUGGUGCGGCCAUCUCUGACCUGCUUGGUGGAGCAAACUCUUGCGACAAGCUCGUCCGUGCUGACCAGAUCUUCACUGAACUCGGUGGAGGUGCCGAUGCCCUUACUGCCGCUAUUGGCAUGGUUACCGCAGAGAAGAACACCAACCCCUUCGCUGGCGGUAACGCCCAGAACGUCUGUGGCGAUGCUUCUCUCCCUGUCACUCCUGAGCUUCGUGGUAUUACCCCUCUCAUCGACCCCGAUGUUGAUGUCAACGGUGAUGCUGCGGCCCUUAGCCAGAGCAGUGCUGCUUCUCCUCUUGCUGCCGAUGGCCUGAGUGUCUUUGAUCUCAUGGACCAGGCUGGUCUCGGUGAUCUCGUUGUCAGCCAGGCUUCUGCCGGUGGUGCUGCUGCGGGAGGUGCUGCUCAAGGUGGAAACCAGGCGGCUGCCGGUAAUGGCAACGCGGGUAACGCUGCGAAUGGCAAUGCUGGCAACGCUGCUAACAACGGCAACGCAAACAACAACCAGCAACAGCAAGGUUCCGCCGCUGGUAACGCUACUGACAAUGCUGGUAACGAUGCCGCUGCUGGUAACAACAAUGCCAACAAUGCCAACAACAACAACAACAACAACAACAACAACAACAACAACAACAACAACCAGAAUGCCAAUGCUGGUAACAACAACAAUGCUAACGCUGGUAACAACAACAAUGCCAAUAACAACGGCAACGCUGGCAAUGACAACGCAACCAACAACCAGAACGACAACCAAAACAACAACAACCAGCAAAACGGCAACAACAACGCUGGUAACAACGCUGGUAACAACGCUGGUAACAACGCUGGUAACAACGCUGGUAACAACGCUGGUAACAACGCCGGUAACAACGCCGGUAACAACGCCAACAACCAGAACAACAACCAGCAAGAUGCCGCAGCAGGAAACGAUAACAACAAUGCCAACGCCGGUGCUGAUGCUGGCAACGCAGCCGGAGGAGCAGCCGGAGCCGGAGGUGAAGAUUUCGGCCUCUGCACACCUACCAUAACCUUCCAAGGCGGCGAGAACGGUCGUGCAGCUGACGAAUUCACCUUCCAGAUCGCCGAUCCCCUAGCUCGCGGCGGUCAAGGAGAAGCCCUGAAUCCCGACAUCAUCACCAACGCUCUUUGCAACCAACUGACCAAUGUCUGCGAGGCAAACGACGCCGCUGUUGCCACAUGCGAAAGUGCUGCUGCCGCUGUUAAGGGUGGAGAUAGGAACAAGGCUUUGGCGGAUCAGUUCAACAGCCUCAUUGGAUUCCCAGGUGCAGUCACAAACCCUGAUGGUGGGCCUGAGGAUGUUGCUGCUGCCGGUGCGGGUGCUGCUAAGGCGAGGAAGAUGCGCAGGGGACUCAGGAUGUAAAGAGUAAGAGGAGCUGAGAUGGGAGAUGAAGUAAAACAAGAAGAUGGGGAUGUGCUUGAUUGAGACGGAAUAUGAGAACAGUGCACACUUAGCUGGAUGCUCACUGUCAAGGAGUUGCUCGACUUUUCCCUUUUUUAUACUGUAUUCUUAUACCAUAGCGUUUGCCUUUCGUGGAACGACGAUUAGAUUGAUAUCGAUGAACAAACUUGUUACGAUCAACAACAACCUGUAUCUUUAUUUUU